CGGCUCCAAGCCAGCUACGCAACAACAAACCAGCAUGCAAUUGGGUCUAGAGGAAGCAUUGCCAUCUUUGGUGAAGGCCAAGUUCAGUACUGCAAAGGCCAAUCAAGCCUUGAUCUUCUCGUCCACUGAGCUCUCCAUACUGCGGACCAAAUCCGGUGCACCUUUUCAGCUUCGAUACUGCCCUGCGUUGGCGAAGAAGCCUACCGAUAAUGGCGAUAAGCAAGCCAAAGGUCCAAAGCCGGACCCAUUCGACAACCCCUCAUCAGACUUGUUGAUCGCGGACAUCCCCAAAUCCAGUGCUAGUCAUUUGCUCGUACUGAACAAGUAUCCCGUCAUUCCUCAACAUUUCAUUAUUGCGACAAAGCUCAAUAAGCAGCAAAAACACAUGCUUGAGUCAGACGAUCUUGCAGCAACACAUGCUUGUCUGAAAGCGUGGGAAGAGAGCAAGCAGAAUGGAAAGCUAUUUGCCUUCUUCAAUUCUGGAGACCACAGCGGGGCUAGUCAGGCGCAUCGUCAUCUUCAAUUCCUCAGCGUUGACGAGAUGAAGCGUGAUCAGCAGGAAAGUGCGAGUUGGAAUCCACUCGUCGAAAGCAUGUUAGAUGCUCCUGCUAGGGAAGACCAGGGACUAAGGACUAAUCCUGGCCUGUCUUUCACCCACUUUGCCCUUGAGCUCCCUAAGGAUCCUAGUCUCGAGACACUAUACUCAGCCUACGACAAGUUGUACGCCGCAGCUGCCACCGCUGUCAGAUCCUACAUCGCAUCCAACCAGAACUCGGAUCUGAAGCUUCAUCCAUCCGAAGGAGGAUCAUCGGCCAUCAGUUAUAAUCUCGCUAUGACGACUUCAGCCAUGGCUAUAGUCCCGCGCAGAAACGAAGGUGCGGCUAUCAAGAACAAACAAGGCAGCGAAGUGGGAAGUGUUGCUUUGAACGGCACAUUGCUGGCUGGUACCUUGAUGGUCAAGCUGGAAGACGAAUGGAAUGCUUUGCGAGACGAUGAAUUGCAAUUAGAUGAUAUCUUGAUAGCAAUUGGCAUCCCAAGGUAGGAUUCUGCCCUGAAAGCCGCCACAUUAGAGCCAAUGCAUGUUUUAUCGGCAGCUGCCUAAAGCUGCCGAUGACGACUUGUUGAUCAUCAAUUCAGAGUUCGUGUCAGCGCGUGGCGCAGAUGAAAGCGUACCCAGUCAGCGUAGUGCUGACUGUCAAGCAUCAUCAAUUUGACAUCAGUGGCUGAGACUCGUAAACAAUCAAUACCAAAGCUGACGCCUGUAUAGACGACACUCGAGCAGGGAUGGGGGUCAAGUAAUGCUAUAGCGACCGACCCAACACAAUUUCCAUGCGACAAUAAGUGGCGAGUCUCUAUUGUUGUCUCUAAUGUGUCCUUUAAGACACUGUCGCUAUUGUCUAGGUCAAUAAUUCAACACGAAUGAGACAGUUCUAAAAUCACUGAACACCCUUACUGUUCUUCUCACACCACUCUGCAGACACGUCUCACCUUCGAAUUUGACCAUAUAUUAACCACCA